UCGAAUUACAGGACGCCAUGUCAUCAUCACCCAAGACCGAAUGUGUUUCUCAGAUCGGUGAUCUCUCACACACACCUUUUAGUUUAUUUCUCGUCCAAAGAAACAAACCCUAACUCUGUCAUGGGAGGAGAGCUUCAAGAAGACUGGGAAGUGGUGAUCGAGAGCUCUGGAACUACUCAGGAGGAGGAGGAGGAGAAUCCGAAGAGCUUGGAGGAGAUUGAAGAUGGCACGCAAGGUAUGGUUACCUUCGAUUACUUCUCUAUCGAGAACUCAAACUGUGUGGGUCGCGUUGAUGCGAUUGAUGAAGAUGGGUCUGUCCGAUCGGGUAGUCCAGGCUGGAUCGAACCGAGCUCCGACGCUCCUUAUGGCCCUAGGCUUUUUAGCGAGUUGUGGUCCGAUUCUAGCAGCGAUCGGCUCGAUGAUCAGAAAUUAGUCGGUGACGAUGAUGUGAAGGGUUUGGAGAAAUCAGAGGAAUACAGCAAAAGUAUAGCGAAAGUGAAGCACUUGGAGAAAAUUCGGUUAGACUCCGAUGAAGGAUUUGAUACGGAGAGAGAGGAGGAAUCUCCAGUUUCAGUACAAGGAAAGUCUGUUUCUAUUGAUUCACCUGGUGGUGGAGGAGAAGAAAGGGUAUUUGUGUGGUGGAAGAUUCCGAUUGACGUUUUGAAGUAUUGUGUUUUCAGAGUUAAUCCUAUUUGGUCCUUCUCCAUGGCAGCAGCAGUGGUGGGUUUUGUUAUGUUAGGGCGCAGAUUGUAUCAUAUGAAGAAGAGGAAGAGCUCUACCUUGCAGCUUAAGGUCCUCCUUGAUGAUAAGAAGGUGGCGAAUCAUGCUGCUCGGUUGAAUGAAGCAGCAAUCUCAUUUGUGAAACGUGUGCCCAUAAUCAGGCCAGCACUCCCAUCAUCGGUGGUGGGUAUGAACCAGUGGUCUAUGAUGAGUUUAAGGUGAAAUAUAAUGCAUAUAUAUGCAAGAUAAAUGAUUGAUAUGGUUGGCAUGUGUCAUAUGAUUGUGUUAUAUGACAAGUCUCAAAAUGGUACAAAACAUACAAAAUAUGCUUCUAAGUUUGUACCGUGUGUGUGUAUAUAAAUAUUGCUACCUGUUUGAUGUACAAAUUGGAUGGAAUGGUUUGAUGGUUACGAAAA